AUAAUGAAGAAGCUAAACUCGUGGUUUUUUUUUUUUAUAAAGCUGGUGAUCAGUUCAAAUCCUUUCUUAUUUCUUUUGACAUUUUUUCUCUCCUAAUUAUUUUGUCGUCUUCUUCUGUAUAUUAUUUACGUCCCAACUUAAAAAAAAAAAGAGAUAAUCUCCCACAUGUCUUAAAAACUGUUUAUUUAAUUUUGUUUUUCCAAAACUCCAGGCAGUGAAUUAUCUAACAUCCAUGCCGGCCCUAAUCACACUAUUAAAAAGGGGGUGACCAAGUUAGAGAGGGUGAAAAAGAUUUAGCAGUCUUGUUGUUGUUAUCAUCAAGAAAAGUAGAGAUGGAAUCGUCGCUGACUCAUGUGAUGCUCGUCUCAUUCCCAUCACAAGGUCACAUAAACCCUCUUCUUCGUCUGGGAAAGCUCAUAGCCUCUAAAGGCUUACUAGUCACUUUUGUCACCACGGAGGAGCCACUUGGCAAGAAGAUGCGUCAAGCCAACGAGAUUCAAGACGGCUUGCUUAAACCCGUCGGUUUAGGUUUCCUCCGGUUCGAGUUCUUUGACGAUGGGUUUACUCUCGACGACUUAGAGAACAAACAGAAAUCUGGUUUACUAUUCACAGAUCUUGAAGUUGCCGGAAAACGAGAGAUCAAGAAACUCAUCAAGAGAUGCGAGGAAAUGAAGCAACCCGUAAGGUGUCUAAUAAACAACGCUUUUGUGCCGUGGGUAUGUGACGUGGCUGCUAAGCUUCAAAUCCCUUCGGCUGUUCUUUGGGUCCAGUCUUUCGCUUGCCUUGCGGCUUAUUAUUAUUACCAGCACCAGUUGGCUAAGUUUCCGACCGAAACAGAACCAGAGAUCGACGUUGAAGUCCCCUUCAUGCCAUUAGUGUUGAAGCAUGACGAGAUCCCAAGCUUUCUUCACCCUUCCUGUCGAUUCUCCAUUUUCACAGACCACAUUUUACAACAAAUCAAACGACUUCCAAACACCUUUUCUAUUCUCAUAGACACCUUUGAAGAACUAGAAAGAGACAUCAUCGACCACAUGUCUCAGCUAUGCCCGGAAGUCAUCAUUAAUCCCAUCGGACCGCUUUUCAUGAGGGCUAAAACCAUAACCUCUGAUAUCAAGGGAGACAUCUCUGACUCUGUAAAUCAGUGCAUGGAAUGGCUUGACUCGAAAGGACCAUCCUCCAUCGUUUACAUCUCCUUUGGGACUGUAGUCCACGUGAAGCAAGAGCAGAUCGACGAGAUCGCUCACGGCCUUCUAAACUCCGGCUUAUCCUUCUUAUGGGUGGUUCGGCCUCCUAUCGAAGGGUUAUCCCUAGAAACACAUGUCUUGCCUCGAAAGCUCGAAGAUAAAGGAAUGAUCGUUGAAUGGUGUCCACAAGAGAGAGUGUUGGCUCAUCCCGCGGUUGCUUGCUUCCUAAGUCACUGCGGAUGGAACUCAACCGUAGAGGCUCUAUCUUCUGGCGUUCCCAUUGUUUGUCUACCGCAGUGGGGAGAUCAAGUGACAAAUGCUGUGUACUUGGUUGAUGUGUUCAAGGCAGGAGUAAGACUUGGCCGCGGAGAGGCUGAUGAGAAGAUUGUUUCAAGGGAGGUUGUGGCGGAGAAGCUACUUGAAGCGACGGUUGGAGAGAAGGCGGUGGAGCUGAGAGAAAAUGCUCGGAGGUGGAAGAAGGAGGCUGAGGCUACUGUGGAGUAUGGUGGAUCAUCUGAUAAAAACUUUGGAGAGUUUGUGGAUAAGUUGGUUGCCAACAUCUGGUGAGAGAAGAUACCGGGAAACACUUAUUAUACCGUUGGCAUUUGGAAAAAAAUCACAUUGAUUUCAUCAUAAUGGUUGUAAUUGUGUCAUUAUUUUCAUCUUUACAUCACUUUCCCCUGUAAGCUGGUUGCAUGCACAAAUGAAGGUUAGAUGGUGUUU